AUGGAUAGUUUUAAUCCAUCAUUACCAACAGUUGUCGAAAAUUUAGAGGAUCUUUAUAAAAAUUUAGACAAAAAUAAAAAAAGAUACGACCAAUUAAAAGAUACUUUUGCACAAGCAUUCAAUGGCGAUACACCAUUAUUUUACUUUAGAGCACCAGGUAGAGUUAAUUUAAUUGGUGAACAUGUUGACUAUAGUGGUUAUCCAGUUUUACCAUUUGCAUUAGAACAAGAUACAAUUGUUGCCGUAUCAUUCAAUAAGGAUGACAAGAACCAAUUAAAUAUUUUUAAUGUUAAUGAAAAAUAUACAAAUAAAAGUGUCGAUAUUUCAAAAGAGAUAAAUAUCGAUAUGAAGAAUCAUCAUUGGACCAAUUAUGUUUUAGCUGCAUGGAAAGGAGUACAACAAACCCACAGAGAACAACAUCAAAGCCAACCAAUGAAGUCUUUAAAUCUUUUAUUCUUUGGCAAUGUACCAAUGGGAGCCGGUGUAUCAUCUUCAUCAGCAUUAGUCUGUGUAUCAGUAUUAGCAUUUACAUAUAUUCAUAAUAUGGUUUUCAAUAAAGAAGAAUUAUCAGCAUUGUCAAUAAAGAGUGAAAGAUUCGUUGGUAUUGAAAGUGGUGGUAUGGAUCAAACCAUUAGUUUUCUAGGUGAUAUCAAUACUGCAAAAUUAAUUGAAUUCUCACCAGUUUUAAAAGCUCAUGAUGUUCAAUUACCAAAAGGUGUUCAAUUUGUAAUUUGCAAUAGUUUAGUUGAGUCUAAUAAAGUUAUUACCGGUGCCACAAAUUAUAAUCUUCGUGUAGUCGAAUGCCGUUUGGCAGCUGUAAUUUUAGCUUUUCAUUUAGGAUUGAAGUGGGAAUCUGUUAGAAAACUUAAAGAUGUUCAACAUAUAGGUAAUUACAGUAUCACUCAAAUGGUUGGUUUCACCGAACAACACUUGAAACAAACACCAUACACCAGAGAAGAAGUAGCAUCCAUUUUAGAUAUAACCAUUGAACAGCUUCACAAAAUUUAUUUCCCAAGUGGUAUUACUGUCAAUGCUCAACAUUUCGAACUCUACAAAAGGGCUAAACAUGUUUUCACUGAAACUCAACGUGUAUAUCAAUUUUCAGAAACCUGUAAAAGCCAUUUCAUCUCAUCACACAAGGUAGAUGACGAACUAACCGAUAAAGUCACCCGUGAGUUAGGAACUCUAAUGAAUCAAAGCCAUGAAAGUUGUUCAAAAUACUUUGAAUGCAGUUGCCCAGAAUUAGACAUUCUCACUGAAAUAUGUCGUAAUGCUGGUGCAUUGGGAUCACGUUUAACUGGUGCAGGCUGGGGUGGUUGUGUAAUUUCUCUUGUACCAAACUCAAAAGUUGGUCAAUUCUUAAACGAAAUUGAUCAGCAUUACUAUGCCAAACAUGUCAACUCUCAACAUUUACCAUCUGACAAAUCAAGCUACUCUUUCUUCACUACUCCAUGCAAGGGUGCAUCCAUAGUUUCACCUUCAUCAACCUUCAAUUAUGAAGCCAAUACUAAAAAAUAA